CCACACCCUUCUUUGGCCAACCAUCUCUUCCUGCCCCAGACAACUCCCACACUUUUGAAAUCCAAGUUGAAACUCCACCCUGUUGGAGAGGUGGUGAGGCUCCUAUUCGCCGGCUGCCUUCAUUUAAAAGGGAAGGUGAUCUAUGUGCUAGGAAAGGUUGGGAAAGGAGAGAGUCACCAUGGGGAGGCUGCUCUUGUUACUUCACUUAUGUGCCUGGACUUUUGCUUUCGGAAAUAUGUGCAAUUAUUCUAACACAACCCCAGAUUUUGGAGGCCUCUACCAUGUCAAAGGAGUCAUCAGUCUCCCUUACGCUGAAAUCGAAGAGCCGUUUGAAGCCUGGUACAACUUGACUGGGAACAAGAGUCGCAUUGAAUAUUAUAACGGCCAGGUGGUGACGCUGCAGCUUGGAUGUUUAGAGCCCUAUGGUGCCUUGUUCAAGAUUACACCAGCCACCACAGAAAAUGUGGUCAAUAUUCAGAAGUGCUUCCUGUUAAAUGGCACCAAAGAAAGCCAUGUGAAGCCACAAGGAGUCUUUCCCGACAUGAAAGAUUUCAAGUUUGUAAGAGAAGAAUACUUCAAAGGCAUCUACACCUCCGUGUGGCAGAGCAUAACCAACUGGGGCAAGAAGAAGAAUAUCUAUACGAUGUGGGUGACAAACGCCAGCUGUGGAGUCACCCCGGUGCAUUACGAGAUGAAGGGCUACAACAGCUUGCUGGGAUCCCACUACGACAAGUAUGAGAUCAAUUACAGCGACUUCUCCAACAGCUUCCCAGCUUCCGUCUUCGUCCUGAAAUCAAAUGAAACAAAACUGUGUGAUGAGCUGCCAGGAGAUUCCACAGAGCACCACAUCAUGGCCAAUCCAAUGGCUGACUUCGUUGGUGGACAGGAGGAUCGUGCCCACAGUCUGUUCCACCAUUACAGAAAACGCUUUGGAAAGAGCUACGACACUGAGCAGGAGAUGGAACAUCGGAAACACACUUUCACCCACAACAUGAGGUUCGUCCAUUCCAAGAAUCGAGCCAACCUUCCCUUUAAGCUGGCCCUGAAUCACCUGGCUGAUCUCACCUGGGAAGAGAUGGCUGUGAUGAGGGGGAAACUCAAGAGCACGGCACCCAACAAGGGGCUGCCGUUCCCUGAGGAGAUUUACACAGGCCUCAUCUUGCCAGAAAGUUUGGACUGGCGACUCUAUGGGGCAGUGACGCCUGUCAAAGACCAGGCUGUGUGUGGGUCCUGCUGGAGUUUUUCUACUACAGGAUCCCUUGAAGGAGCUCUUUUCCUUAAGACGGGGCAUCUCAUCUCGCUCUCUCAACAAAUUCUCAUCGACUGCUCCUGGGGUUUUGGGAACUACGCCUGCGACGGCGGUGAGGAAUGGCAGGCAUUUGAAUGGAUCCUAAAACAUGGCGGCAUCGCCACCACCGAGUCGUAUGGGCCCUACAAAGGACAAAAUGGCUACUGUCACAGCAACAAGACUCAUCUCGUGAGCAAGCUCUCAAGUUACGUCAACGUCACUUCUGGGAACACGACUGCUCUGAAGGCCGCCAUUUACAAGCACGGACCUGUCUCUGUCAGCAUCGAUGCCUCCCACAGGACCUUCUCUUUCUAUUCUAAUGGGGUCUACUACGAGCCCAAAUGCAAAAACAAGAGGGGUCAGCUAGAUCAUGCUGUCCUGGCUGUCGGUUAUGGUGUCCUUCAAGGAGAGCUUUACUGGCUCAUCAAGAACUCUUGGUCCACCUACUGGGGCAACGAUGGUUACAUCCUCAUGUCCAUGAAAGACAACAACUGCGGUGUUACUACUGAUGCUGUUUUCCCAAUUGUUGCUUAACGGGAGCACGACUUGGCCAAUUCUUUCAGGCAAUUUCAAAGAAAAUGCAAAUCCAGACCUCUACUGAAGGGGGGCCACGUUCUUCUCAUCUUCUGGACUUCAUCUUAAAUCAUAGAACUGGAAGAAACUCAAGACAUACAUCUCAAUGAAAAUUCUCAGUCAUCUUCUAGGUAGAGUUGUCUGGAAGUUGAGUCAUGGCAACUGGAUCUCUUUUCCUUCUGGUUGUAACGUUUCACUGCUUCUCCAAGUAGCUUCUUCAGUCUGAGCAAGUUGGUUAGGGGGCCCCUCUAAUUAACCAACGAACUAACUUAUAUGGGAUCCCCCUAACCAACUUGGUCUAAUUCAGUGUUUCUCAACCUUGGAAGCUUGAAGAUGGGUGGACUUCAACUCCCAGAAUUCUGGAAGUUGAAGUCCACCCAUCUUCAAGCUACCAAGGUUGAGAAACACUGGUCUAACUGAAGAAGCUACUUGGAUAAGCAACGAAAUCUUUCAGACCAAAAAGGAAAGAAGUCCAGUUGCCAUGCCUCAACAUCCAGUCAAGAGGUACAUAUUUUUUUUUACUUAGUUGCUGCCCGUGAUGGUUUUUUUUUUGACAACACAGGCCAUUUUGCAAGGGAUGUUUUGCCUUGAAAAUCUGGGAAGGGGUGCCCCAAAUAAAUAAAAUGGCCACAUCCAUCCUCCUUGGCAGCACCCCAAAUAAAAUGUAAACAGGAUUUCAGCUCUUUUCCCCACCAAUAGUUUAGAUAUCUCCAACUUCCUAAAACUUUCUCCCAAAAAUAUGGAAAAAGAAAAUUCAUUCUAUAUUUAUAGGCAUGAAUAUACAUUCCUCUGAUGAUUGACUUCUUCCAGUCUAGCCUACAUCCCUGGAUGUCCUUCUGGUCUUCCAUUGAAGUAAUACCAGACCUACCUAUUAACCAACCAACUAACUGGCUAACAGGUCUAUUGUUGAAACCAAUUACAGGCAGAUAAAUGCUGUCACUUUUUUUAGCCUAUCAGUUUUUUAUGGCCUAGCAUAAAGUCCCCGAACUGCAUUUAUUCCUCAAAGCUUUAGCCAUGACCUGCAGAAUUCUCUAAAAAUUGCUGCUAAAUUGUAAUUUUUUAAUAGAAUUGGGGAGGGGGGGGGAAAUAAAAAUGUGGAAAUAAGUUGUUACUGUAAUUGAACUAAUUUAAUAUCAUUUUCGUUAUGUGCUUAAAUAAAACCAAGUUUAUAUCCAUGUAAA